UGCACACCGAACCGUAAACCUAUCAUGGAAAAAUCAAUACUUUUACUGCACGUGCUCAACGUGGUCGUUGGCUGCCUUUGCAUUACCAUCCUCGGCCUCACAACGCAUAGCAUCGUGGUAAAAGACAGAAUCAACGAACUUAUUCCCGUCCGUGCCGACUCUAUCGGCAUUCGUAUGCUGAUGUGGGCUGGUUCUGGGGGCGUUGUCGAUAUGUUCCUCUUGCUGUGCCUCAGCGCGAAAGCCUUUCGCCGUCAUCAAUUGGUCACAAUCAGCACGCUUUAUUGGAAUAUCGUUCUUUUUGUCGCAACGUUCAUCGUUCUCAGGCCUUUGAUCAUCCUCGGCUACACAUACUCUGAAAGCAGAAAUUCCUUUACUCCGGAGAGAUGGGCAUGUGAAUUAGGGACUAGCAGCGACGCGCGUUCCGUCUGCCAUGAACUGCGAGCAGCACGGCAUCGCCAGGGGCAUCGACCAGGACAGGCAAUGCGGCGGGCAAUCUCGAUAUCAAAGCGCAGUUGGAGAACCAUUGCAGAGAGCUCGGACGAACCUUUUCCUGGUAACCGUAAUUUCACGAUCCUCCACCAAGGGCUAGUUGUGCCUCCCAAACGCGACUCGCGCGCGAACGUCAAUGGUGGCUCGCGUGGGUGCCGAAGCCGAUCAACAAGGGGAAGGGGAGGCCAGGUAGCAGCCCAUGUGCGGGUUCAGAUCCUGGCAGCGGCGCCCAGUCGCUUCUUCAUCUUCUUCCGCCACCCCGGUCACGAUGACAGCAACAAUGUGCUUUUCAAGCUCCAUGCGAGCGACACAAUCUGCAGUCGCGAUGGCGAGCCCGCACAGCCCAGGCGCCCAGGCCUCUACGCACAAUUGGCACUGGACGCGUGCGCGAUAAUCGCAGACGAUCGCACCGACGGCUGGCUCUCAUCAGAUCGCGACCCGGAACUCGCGCGUAACAACCGAGUUGCUGCCGGUAGCCCAUUACAUGCGCGCAGCUACUACUCCACCUCGAAGACAGCACCGGAUCCGACUGUCCAUAUCCCAUUGUCCCUUCGUUCCGCGAAUGGCGCUUCCUCACGAUCGCCUGCCUGCCCAUUGGGCGCAGCUUUCAUCUUUAUCGAACACAACGUCAAACGCGACUUUCACGCCUUCCAAGCUUACCGCCGCUUUGACAAGGAGCUACAAGUUGCGCAUAUUGUGCCGCAAGUGGAACUGGACUGGUGGCAGGCAAACGACAUGGCUCGCUAUAACAAUGGUAUGGGCUACUCGUUAGAUGAGACGGCCAAUGUCAUGCUCUUGCGGGCUGAUCUCCACGAGUCAAAAGUCAGCGCUGAGCUGCUCUUCGUACGCUUCGCAUGGACGCUGUUCCCGCUGCUCGGCGCAUUCCUCUCGUGCAAGACCGCCGCUUGA